AUGCAAGCCGCGCGCAACCACCGCCACCGCCGUGACGUCCACACGGCGCCGUUUGACCUCGGCGCCUUGCGGUGCUACAUCACCAACAACCGGGUGCACGAGGCCGCGAUCGAGCUCAACAAGGUCAUUGACACUCGAAACAACGGCUUCCACGACGCCCAGAUUCGUGAAAUCUACGGCAGCGACGGACGACUGCGGAACUCUAUUCUGUUUACGAUUCUACGCCAUCCAGCAACCAAGGAGCUGCUCAACCACCCAGUCAUGCGCCAAGUCGAAAACAUCAAGUGGCAGAGCUUUGCGUGCUGCAUGUACAUGCAGCAGCUCAUGCUCUACCUCUUGCUGCUGACGACGCUGACGCUUGCAGUGACGAUGGACCUGAGCGACGGCGAGUCGCCCAACUUCCAUACCCAGCUGCUCGUCUGGUUGAAUGCCGGCGUCGCGCUCGUGCUCGGUCUUGCUGCGACCAACUUUUUCCAGUACGCCAACCGCAAGCGCUGGGCCUUCCAGUCCAUCGCUGCCAUCGGUCUUGUGCUCUUUGCGCUCCAUUUCUGCUCCGAUCUGAUCGCUGCCCGUGUCAACUGGAUCUGGUUUGUGCGCUGCAACAACCUCGUGCUGACGUCCACGACGCUGUAUUAUAUUCGGCUUGAGAUCCUCGAGCUCGUCAGCGAGGUCAACGUCGACGCGAACCCGACCGUUUUGCAGCUGCUCGAGGUCGCCGUCGAGGCCAUUUGCGAUUUUUUCCUCAUCUUUGUCGGGCGCAACGCGGCACACUACUUCAGCUCGUUCUUCAACAAGGUGAAGCUCCCGACCUUUGUUGCGAUCCUCGUCUUCGUCGUCACCGAGACCUUUUGCCCGUUCAGCGACGACGUCCGCCUCUACUUCGGCAUCAUCGUCACGUUCGCCUCGUGGGCCCUCGGGGUUCAGUACCUCGAGAUCCACAACACCGCCGGGUACCUCAUCUCGCUCAUGACGUUCACGCUCAACGACGUGGUCCAGUUCAUGGCCAUCUACCCCCCGUUCCAGUGCGCGUAUGCGAUUGCGUACUACCUCCUUUUCGAAGGCCGCGACGACGUUGACGCCUACGCGACGAUCGCCCACAGCUUUGUGACCACCUUUCUUGUCAUGCUCGGCCAAAUCGACCUCGAUCCGUUCGAGGACCUCCCGGGGCUGGGCCAGUACGUCCUCGGCUACACGCUCCUGCUGACGCACGCAACCUUGGUCAUUGUUCUCUUCCUUAACGUGCUCAUUGCGAUGCUCAACAAGGCGAUGGACCAUGUCGUCAUGGAGAUGGCCAUGCUCGAGGCGCGCGUGAGCUUCGCCGAGUGCAUCAUCCGCAGUGAAAAGACCAUCGGCCUCCGCGCGAUGCCUGUGGUGCCCACGGACGAGACAAUGCCGCUGGUCCGCCAUCAUAUUAUGCUCGAGGUGGAGGCCGCCGCCGCCGCCGACGGAGACGUGUCGGACGACGACGUCGAGGUCGACAACGAGACCCAAAUCGCCGCGGUGUACGCCAUUGUCCGUGAAGAACGCGCCCGGAAUGAUCGCCUUGAAGCCAUGCUCCGCACUUUUGCGCAGCACUUUAAUAUUGUCGUGCAGUAA